AGAGAAGGGAGAUCCAAAGGCCCUACAAACUAGUAACAAUUGCUUGAGGUUUUUGCGGGAUGUGAACCCCUGGUGUAACUUCAUUCUCCGCAAAGUCUCAUAAGUUAUAAAACAUAUCGACGUUAUUCACUGGUACAAUAUGUGAUCAUUCACAAUGAGCGCCAAUAAAUUUUGGUCAUACAUAGAUCAACGAACCCAUCUUUCGUAAUUUAUACAAUAUAGGCUCAUCACCUCGGUGAAAUAUGACUUUAGCUACAAACAUAUUUAUUCUCAUAGUCCCUGGUGUCUUUUGGCUUUUUCCGCAUCUGUAUUCCAUUUCAACAUCAAAAUGAUUCUUCACUCUACUCUUAUCAGUGUCUUGGCUGCAAUAUCAUUCUUACCAUGGUUAUCCUUUUCCGCACCAACAGUAAACCGAGCUACAUCUCCUAAAUAUGUCUUUGCUCAUUUUAUGGUUGGGAUUGUCGAGAAUUAUAAACUAUCUGACUGGAAGAUGGAUAUGGCAUAUGCACAAGAGAUCGGCAUUGACGGGUUCGCUUUGAAUUGUGCAAGUAUUGAUAGCUAUACUCCAACUCAACUUGCACUUGCAUAUCAAGCAGCCGAAGAAACUGGAUUUCAUGUUUUCAUAUCAUUCGACUUUGCAUAUUGGAAUAACGGAAACACCAACAACAUCACAGAUUACAUGAACAAAUAUGCAUCUCAUCCUGGCCAAAUGCAAUAUAAUGGAGGAGCUGUGGUCAGUACCUUUGUGGGAGAUUAUUUUGAUUGGGCACCUGUCAAAGCUGGAACAAAUCACUCAAUCUUUGCCAUUCCUAUGAUGCAAGAUCCUAUCGAAGCAAGUUAUCUCUCUACAUCGUUCGAUGGUGCUUUUUCUUGGUUAGCAUGGCCUACAGAUGGUGGAAAUAGUAUUAUUCCCGGUCCAAUGUCAACUUCAUGGGAUGAUAAAUUCCUGACAAAUCUCAAAGGAAAGCCAUAUAUGGCUCCUGUUUCUCCAUGGUUCUCGACACAUUUUAACUCUAAGAACUGGGUGUUCAUAAGCGAAGAACUCAUUACCGACCGAUGGAAUCAAAUGUUGGCUAUGAAGCCCGCACUUAUUGAAAUUAUAUCUUGGAAUGAUUUCGGUGAAUCUCACUACAUCUCUCCAGCGGAGCCAAAUCAUAAAGAUGAUGGUUCAUCACAGUGGGCUGACGGCUUUCCUCACGAUGGUUGGCGUAUAAUUACAAAACCAUAUAUCGCUGCUUAUAAAGCUGGAGCAAGUACACCAACCAUCACAGAAGAUCAACUUGUAUAUUGGUAUCGACCAACACCUAAAGGCAUUACUUGCGCAAAUGAUACUCUUGGACCUCCAAAUGGACGCGAAAUGCUCGCUGAUGAUAUAUUUGUCACCACUCUCCUUACAAAACCAGCAACUCUAGUUGUUACCAGUGGAGAUAAGACUCCUCUAUCAAUUGACGUACCUGCUGGGAUCGUCACCACCAAUUUCACCAUGGGUGUAGGGAACCAAUAUUUCAUGGUCACUAGAGAAGGCAGUCCAGUCUUGAAUGGAUAUGGUGGUUUGAAAAUAGCCGACAAGUGCGAGAAAUACAACUUCAAUGCAUAUGUGGGAUCUUUGAAUGGUACUAGUAGUGAUGGUCCGCCGCCACCGGCUAAUACAACUUCAACGAGUACUUUAAUAACCACGACUUCUACCUCUACCUCUACAUCGUCAACAUCUAGUCCCAUCACCACAACGAGUACGACAAGUACUCUCCCAAUUCCAACUACACCCUCAUCCUCCAGCACUACAUCAACAACUAGCAUAACCAAUUCCAGCACUUCAAUUAUUUCCUCCACGACCACAACUUCUCCUACUUCCAUUAUUCCCACCACGACCAAAACUUCUUCCCCUACUUCCAGUUCCUCAACAUCCACCUCCCCUUCAACACCUUCUCCCUCUACAGUCUGUACCUCAGGCUGGGGUCCAGGAAAUUAUAUCGGUCUCUGUCAAUUUACCUGCAACUUUGGCUAUUGUCCCCCUGGUCCUUGUACAUGUUUAUCGUAUGGUGCUCAAAUUCCUGAGCCACCAAUCACAAAUCAAGCAGGUUAUCCGUUACCAGGAGAAGAUGAUAGUUAUUUGGGAUUGUGUAGUUAUAGUUGUAAUCAUGGAUAUUGUCCACCUACUGCUUGUCGAUUGGGUUAGGUUUGGUGGACGACGGGAGGAUGUGCGACUAUAUUAUGACUUCAUUUGAGAUGAAGCAGUGGUAAAGAGUUUGCAGUAUGGAAGUUCGAAUGUUUGAUGCUUCUUUCAAUAUUCGUUUAGCAUAACAUUGUUUCGCAGGUCAUACAAUGAUUUAUUGGCGUCUGAAAUGCGUUGGAAUGAUAGAUUCAGAUAGAUAGAUAUGAUGAAGAGCUAUACAUAUAUCGGAUAUUCUCAUUAAAUAACAAAGAAUCUAGAUUGUAUGAAUGUCUCACGAAUGAAAGUAUAACCAGAGCUAUAGGAAGAUGAUAACUAAACGAAAUACGU